AUGUCUGCCCCCCAAAUCCUGCUUGACGGCAUCAUCAAGGUCUUUGAGGACAUCAGGGGCUCUGAGUCGCUGGAAUUGGGUCCAGUUACUUACUUCCUUUUCCCUUUUCCCUUUCUAUUUGCUUUCGAAGACCUUGAGAAAUCGACCAUCAUUGAGAACGGCGAAAUCCGUAUCAACGGCAAAGGCAAGAAGAUCCGCAAGCCACGCACGAUCUACUCGAGUCUCCAGCUCCAGGCCCUCAACCAGCGCUUCCAGCAAACCCAGUACCUGGCGUUACCCGAGCGAGCAGAACUAGCAGCGCAGCUGGGCUUGACCCAAACCCAGGUGAAGAUCUGGUUCCAGAACAAGCGUUCCAAGUUCAAAAAGAUUAUGAAGCAGGGCUCCAGCAUUCAAGAUGACCACCUCCACAGUUCCUCAUCCUUGUCCCCUUGCUCCCCCAACAUCCCCCCACUCUGGGACAUCCCCAUGGCCUGCAAAGGCCCUCCCCUGCCUCCCAGCAGCUACAUCAACAGUUUUGGACCUUGGUACCACCAACCGCAGCACCAAGACGCCAUGGGGAGGCCUCCAGUGAUGUGACAAAAGGGGCACUGGCAGCAUCAGCCCAUCCUCAAUGUGUCUCUUCCUCCAAAGUGCUGAUCAGGGUCCCUGGAACAGGCGAAAGGAGGGCGUGGAGUUUGGAGGGAGAAGUUGGCUUCUUUGAAGGAAUCACCAGCACUUUUCUCUUGGUGAGAACAUCCCUGGCAGGAGAUGGACUUCGAACGGACAUGUCCAGGGACCAGAUCUUAACAACGAUGGCAGGUUGUGUGAGGCAAAGUUAGGGAAAGAACCCCCCAGCUCCGAAACACGAAUGGAAGGUCAGGGUCCCAUUUUAAUCGGCGUCUCUUCAUCAGGGAUUUUACAAGAGAGGUGCUUUGUGUGUUUUUCGUUCCAAAGAUAGGCUCUUGGGUGACAUGGACCUUACGUCAGAUCUAGUUGCGUUAGUAAGAGGUCAGGUUUUGCCAUUCUUCCCCCCUCUCAUCCAGCAAGGCUUCUGUGACUUAAGCAGUAUUGAUGGAAGACAGGAAAUAAACAGGUGGUGGUGUUGCUGGUUUGGAGAUUCAGUGACGGGAGGACUUUAUCUGUUGUAUUUCUGCCUUGUUCUGCAGAGGAUCAAGGUACAGAAGCAUUGCCAUCUUUAC